GACUGAUUUUCGCCUGAUAUUGUAACACCCACUACGCCUCUUCUGCAGAUAGACCCCAGACUUUAGCAAAUCAUGAAUAUCAGUGGGCCUCGUGUACCAAAGCAGGCUCGAGCCUUACUAGAUGGCCAAAAGAAAGUAUCCACCUACGAAGCAACAGGCGGCGAAGUGACAGCUCAAUUUGCAUCUCACAAUAUUGGCCUCCUCCCCAGUAUCGCACCAGGCUCCGUUAUACACGACAACGCAUGUGGUUCCGGCACCGUGUCGCGCCUCAUCCUAUCUUCAAACCCAUCAUCCGACAUCAAGAUCCACGCCACCGACGUUGACCAGCCAUUCCUCGACAAGCUCCAGGAGGAUGCCACAAAAAACGACUGGCCGAUCGAAGUCGCGAACCAAAAGAGCGAGAGCCUAUCCUUCCCUGACAACUUUUUUGACCUCUCCGUCACCAACAUCGGCAUCAUCUUCUUCGGCGCUGCCGGCCUUGAUGGCGCGAAAGAAAUCCACCGCACCCUCAAGCCAGGCGGCGUCGCCGUUGUAAACUGCUGGGAGCGCAUCACGUGGCUUAUGCCCAUACUGAACGUCCACACCGUCUUUCGCACCGGCAAACCGUUUCCGGCUCCGGUGAUCAAUUGGGCCGAUGGCCAGCAUCUCCAGAAGAUUAUGGUUGAAGCGGGGUUUUCGAAGGACAAGAUGAGAAUUGAGAAGAGCGAUGCGUGGGCUAAGACGAGGGAUCUGAGGGGCUGGGCGGAGAAGUCCUGGGCGUAUCUUGCGGGGAUUGGGGGCUGGAUUGAGAGUGAUGAGGAGAAGUGGGAUGAGGAGGUAGACUUGCUAGCUAAGGUUUUGAAGGAGCAGGGUGGGACGAAGGAGGUGGAUGGCGAGGCGUUUGUUGAGAGCGUCCGUCUUUCUCAACGAGCUCACCAAGGACCACCACUCAGGGCGCCUACCGCAACGCACUGGAUCGGACCCGUCUAUUCGACCUCGCCUAUUUUCCCUUUAUCUUCCUUCAAAACGCCUGCAGAAACCGUCUGCAUCGCCGACCGAACGGAGAUUCCUUCAACAAAUGAAACUACGUCGGCAGCUGUUGGACUCGCCUGGGAUAGCGCCGCGGAUUGGGAAGUCUGACUGCCCUUCCGCAUAAGUCGCAGCCCUAUAGAGCGCCAAACCAGGAUUGACCUAGUUCGAAGUUCGAGUAUGGCAGUAUCCACUGAGAUAACUAAGCCCUGAGUGUUGAGACACCAUCCGAAAUAAACAGUAUAAACUCAUAGGAGUUUUCUGGGCCUUCGGGUUUCUUUUUGCAUUUUUUUUCUUCUUUUUUUGGCGCGUUUGGGUAGACGUGUGGUGAGAAGGGUGGUUAGAGGACAGGGUAGGUAGAGAGGUAGGAAGCGAUAGCGAUGAGAGGCAGACUGUAUCUCAGACAGAACAUAGAGG